UUGUGGUUGGUUACAGUCUACCCUGCAAUGUGAAUGUGUUGUUUGCUUUCGCGUGUCUUUUCUCUGUUUAAAGCACUAAAAAUGAAUUUAAUUCAGGCGAUCCAUGUGCGCAUCCUUACAGUAUUGGUCGUGACGAUCUAUAUUGGACUACAGUGCGAUUGUCGAGAAGCGGAGUUCAACUAUGUCACAUGCGGCUCCCUGGUGAAAUUAUUGAACACACGGCACAACGUUAGACUGCACUCCCACGAUGUGAAAUACGGCUCAGGAAGUGGGCAGCAGUCUGUCACUGGAGUGGAGAGUGCGGACGAUGCCAACAGUUACUGGCGCAUCCGGGGCAAGCCCAAUGCAGAUUGCCAACGCGGGGCACCAAUCCAGUGUGGUCAGGCCAUACGGAUCACCCACAUGAACACAGGGCGAAACCUCCACACGCACCAUUUUGUCUCACCUUUGUCAGGCAACCAGGAAGUGAGCGCGUUUGGGGAGAACGGGGAAGGGGAUGACCUGGAUGUUUGGAUGGUGCAGUGCAGCGGGUCCCACUGGGAGCGGGAUGAUGCUGUUCGAUUCAAGCACCCCAGCACCGAGGUCUUUCUGAGCGUGACUGGGGAACAGUAUGGCCACCCCAUCAGAGGACAGAGAGAGGUCCAUGGUAUGACCAGUGCUAACCAUAACAAUUACUGGAAAGCCAUGGAGGGAGUGUUCAUCAAGACCAGCCUGGAGCCGCAGCACCAUGACGAACUCUAAGGCUCUCUACUGGCAGUUUCCUGUGUCUUUAUCCUUUAUUCCAAUAUUUUAUCAAAGGAAUUAAUGUUUUUUGUAAACUGCUGUUAUUCUGUCAUCUGUUCUUUGGAUUCACAUCUGUACAGAGACCCUGUAGUGUCUACACCUUGUCACUGAAAAAGUUACAAGCUUUUGGCUUAAUGUGACCUUGCUGAACUAAAAAUUAUGAGCUAAAAUUAUUUUAAAAUAUUGCACAAUAUACAAUGGUUAAAAUAUUACAUGAGCGUUCCAUUUUUUUGACAUU